AUGUCCGUAAAUCACACAAUUAAGCGGUUGUUGACAACCACCUCACGAAGAUGUCAAAUUAUCGCUUCAAAGAUCCAAUCGAAUGAGAUAAAUUCGGGUAAAAUUUUCCAGCGUAAAUAUCGUAUUAUUGACCACGAGUACGAUUGUGUUGUUGUUGGAGCUGGUGGAGCGGGUCUUCGAGCGGCAUUUGGCUUAGCGGAGGCAGGGUUCAAUACGGCUUGCGUGUCAAAGCUUUUUCCUACUAGAUCACAUACAGUAGCUGCACAAGGUGGUAUCAACGCAGCUCUAGGGAAUAUGCACACCGAUAAUUGGCAUUGGCACAUGUAUGAUACAGUCAAAGGAUCCGAUUGGUUGGGCGAUCAAGAUGCCAUUCACUAUAUGACCAGAGAAGCCCCGGCAUCUAUUUACGAAUUGGAGCAUUAUGGAGUACCGUUUUCAAGGAAUGAUGAGGGUAGAAUCUAUCAAAGAGCAUUUGGAGGACAGACUAAGGAGUACGGGAAGGGGGGUCAGGCGUAUAGGACAUGCGCAGUGGCUGACCGUACCGGUCAUGCAUUGUUGCAUUCUCUCUAUGGUCAGUCUUUGAGACAUGACUGUCAUUUCUACAUUGAAUUCUUUGCCAUGGACUUGUUGAUGCAAGAUGGCGAGUGUGUCGGAGUGAUUGCUUACAAUGAAGAGGAUGGUACUUUACAUCGAUUCAGAGCGCAUAAAACAAUUAUAGCAACAGGAGGAUAUGGUAGGGCCUAUUUUUCAUGUACUUCUGCACACACUUGUACCGGUGAUGGUUAUGCUAUGGUUUCACGAGCAGGAUUACCAUUGGAAGAUUUGGAGUUCAUUCAAUUCCAUCCCUCAGGGAUAUAUGGAUCCGGAUGCCUCAUCACUGAGGGUGCAAGAGGUGAAGGGGGGUUUUUAAUCAAUUCCGAAGGUGAACGUUUUAUGGAACGGUAUGCUCCUUCAGCCAAAGAUUUGGCUUGUAGGGAUGUCGUAUCUCGUGCCAUCACAAUGGAGAUCAAUGAGGGAAGAGGUGUUGGUCCAGAAAAAGAUCACAUGUAUUUGCAAUUAUCUCACAUUCCAGCUGCUGUUUUAAAGGAAAGGUUGCCAGGUAUAUCUGAAACCGCACAUAUAUUUGCAGGCGUUGAUGUUACAAAAGAACCAAUUCCUAUUUUGCCAACCGUUCACUAUAACAUGGGUGGUAUUCCUACUAAUUGGAAAGGCGAGGUUAUCACAAAGAAUGCAGAAGGGAAAGAUGAAGUAGUUCCAGGAUUAUUAGCUUGUGGGGAAGCUGCAUGUGCUUCAGUACAUGGAGCCAACAGAUUGGGUGCUAACUCCUUGUUGGAUUUGGUUGUAUUUGGUCGAGCUGUUUCUCACACAAUCCGAGACCAAUUGACGCCUCAUACCCCAUUGAAACCUAUGGAUGCCACAUUGGGAAAAGAGUCGAUUGAAAAUUUACACAACUUGCGCACUGCUGAUGGUUCAAAAUCGACGGCUGAAAUUAGGUUGGAUAUGCAGAAAACAAUGCAAAGAGGAUGUGCUGUUUUCAGAACACAAGAUACAUUAGACACUUGUGUUAAACAUAUAAACGAGGUUGACAAAGACUUUGCCACCGUGAAAACGACCGACCGCUCAAUGAUUUGGAAUAGUGAUAUGGUGGAAACUUUGGAGUUGCAAAACUUGCUCACUUGUGCUACUCAAACAGCAGCAGCAGCUGCUGCAAGAAAAGAAUCGAGAGGCGCUCAUGCCAGGGAGGAUUAUCCCGAGCGAGAUGAUGUUAAUUGGUGGAAACACACGUUGACUUGGCAACUGGGGUUUGGUACCGAUGUUAGGAUUGACUACAGAGAUGUCAUUAAGCACACAUUGGAUGAAGCUGAGUGUAAGCCUGUGCCACCAACUGUAAGAGCAUAUUAG